ACAGUUUUGUUUUAAACAAUAAAAACAAAUAAUACAUAAAAAACUUAAUGUCUUUUAAUUGGAAAAAAAUACCUAGAGGACUCAGUUUUUGCAUCCGUGGUUGCAAACCAUAUGGAUGAGCUGAGCUUCGUUAAGCUUAAUAUAUUUAAAAGUAGAAUUUUACUUUUGUUAAACAGAUUUUUUAUGAAUAAUACUUAAAAAUCACUAAAUGUCUUUUAAUUGGAAAAAAAUAUCAAAAUAAAAAAUUUUUUUUUAGUUCUGACACAGAAAAAUGGCUUGCUUCUGGCACUUCUAAAACAAAUGAAUCGUUCCGACGUAAAAUCUGCCCCCGUCCUUAUCGCCUCCAGCAAAAUCAUUGGACUGGUGAAGGAAAUGCCAGUACUUUAUGAUAGGGGUCGUCCUGACUACCACGAUGCCCACUCGAGGGACGAAGGAGGGAGUUCCUUAUGUAUGGAAUUAAUAAUUCCAUCCUAUGAGUCCUUCGACGAAGAAGGGAAAGCUGAAGCAAGGGGUCAUGAAAAAGUGGAAGGGGCUGAGGGAUGGUUUUACAAAGGACUACCGUUUGAGGGCCCAAAAGAAGAGAACCUCCAAAUUGAGCUCCAAAAAUUUCGAGUUUCAAUUUUUGGCACCUUUUAUUUUGAAUGAAAGCGCUGUCAGCCAAAAGAGCCAUCAGAGUCAUCAGAGCCAUCAGAGUCAUCAGGAGUCACAGGUCUAUCCUGAUGACAGUGAUUCUUCAGAUAGUGUUGAAGCAAAUGAAUCCUCUCCAAAUCAGCAGGCAAUAUUGGCGGCACUGGAGUCAUUUGACACACCAUUGCCGCCAAGAACUAUCGACAUCGUAUUUAUGCGAUUUAUCGUGUCAAAUAUGAAGAAGAUAGAAAGCGAGGAGGAGAGGAAAGAUUUUAAGGAGUGGGUGGUGGCGGAAGCUCGGCUUAUUGCAAAUCAACAUGAUGCCGGCGUUGAAUCUGAGUCACCUGUUCCACUGGCAUCCUCAUCAUUUGUUGGUGUAGAUGAUGUUUAG